AUGGCCGAUAUUUUGAGGUAUUUUGCUGCCAGUCUCGGCUGUUCGCUGUCCACCGCGAGCAGUGGACUGCGAUCUCUCGGAAUGGUGAAAAAGCUCGAAGCCGCAGAAUCGACUGGCUGGGCACCAUUGUUACUGGAGACGAAAAAUGGAGUUCAUGGAAUCUACCGUUUCGAACUGCUGCCGGACAACACGACAGUUACUGCCGAGGUCUACUGUGCUCAACUGCAAAGACUGGCCGACAAGAUCCGCAACGAGCACCCGAAGCUCGACAACGUUCGCUUGCUGCACGAUAACGCGCGUCCUCACAUCGCGAAGAAGACUUUUCCGAAAAUCCUGGAGCUCGGAUGGGAAGUUCUACCGCACCCACCGUACAGCCCGGGCCUGGCCCCGAGCGACUACCACCUCUUCCGAUCGCUUCAGCAUCACCUGGAAGAGAAGUGCUACGAUGAUCGUGACCGCCUCGAAAAUGACCUUCGGGUAUUUUUCGCCUCCAAGUCGUCAGAGUUCUACGCCAAAGGAAUCCGUGAGCUUGUGAGACGUUGGCAGAGGGUUGUCGAUGUUGAUGGAGAUUAUUUUGUCGAAUAA